AUGGGUUUGCCAGCAACAAAACGUCCCAAUUCUGAACCAUUAUCCUUCACAAGACCAUCCGUUUCUGAUACUAUAUUGCAGCAAAACCGUCCUAAUACUUCAAAUGAAGUGACGCAUAUUUCAGAUAGUGAAGAAGAUAUAGCGUUAAAGUAUAGUUUAAAUCCAAACGAUACACGUCUAUUAUUAUCUGCACCAGAUACUAGACCAUAUUCGGUUCAAGGAUCUGCUUCUGUGCCAACUUCAGUACCGAGUCUAGUACCAGCAUCAGCGCCUGCUGAGAUACCAACUUACCAAACCAAUAGAACCAAUUCAACAGUUAUGCAGGAGGUCAUUGCAGGCAAUGAUGGCAUGGAGGUUGGUGAUGCCUUACAAUUGGUACAUAGGGCACAUGCUACAGAAUCAAUGAGUUCUACAUUGAGUAAUGACAAUUUCCACCAUACGGAUUUUGCAGUUGGAGGUGAGGAAGAAGAUGCUAUUGGAUUUUGCGAUGGUGAUUGUUUUGAGACCAGUUCCCAAAAUAAUGCUAAAUUGAGACAACUCGAGAAUUUAGAAGUUAUAAAUUUCAGUAAUCGUGGUGCAAUGAAUAAUUUUUUGGGAAAUGAGAAUGACCUUGUGAUAACAACCAGGUUAAAUGGUGUAGAGGAUCAAGGUGAAAAACUUUAUUACAACGAGGCAGUAAUUGCUGAGGAUGGUCUUCGACUGUGUCGAGAAAACAUGUCGAUGCCUGGUAAAUGUGAAUUAGCGGACACCAUGCAAGUGCGUAUAGCGAGUUCUGAGAGUGAUUACAAGUCUGAACUCGAGGAAAAUAUAGAGGGCUCCACUGAGUCUACCAAGGAGUUAAACAAGCUCGAUAUACUUGAGGAUAUAGCAAAUUCGAGAAUGCCUGACCCAUAUUAUAAAGAAGAGUCGCCAGUCAAUUGCAAAGAAGGUGAGAUUAAAGGAUGUUCAACACCGAUAGAUGAGGUAGAGCAAUCAACAACUCGGUUACCAAAAGUAGAGACUGGUCUUAUACCUAAACAUAAAACUUCAGCAACUGGUAAUAAAGGUGAAGAGCAGAUGGUUAAUUAUCCAGCUGAUAGAAAACAUGAGCUGAGUUUGGGUGCUUUAAGGAUCAAGUCAUGCGAAGUUGUUGAAGACCAACCUACACAAAAAGAUGAUAUCAGGGUAAGUCGUAAUGGAAGCGAGUGCAGAUCUCAAUCUCCUGCUACAAGUGUUGCUACAAGCGUUGCUACGUAUGAACCCCAAUAUGAUGAAUAUCCGCCUUCUGUGCUGCUGAUUUCAACUGCAUAUGAGGAAGAAGCACCGGCAGAUGGGUCUGACCACAAGUCAACAGCAAAGUCGAGAUUGGCUAGAGAAAUACAUGACAAACCCUCUAGCAUGACGAAUAAAGGUGUUUCAGAUAAAGUAGCUCUUACAAAUUCUACUAAAACUUCUUUACCUGUCAAAUUCAACGAUAAGGAAAACUUGCAAGUACGGAGAAAGAUCAUUUCCAGAAAACGUCUAGCCCCAAAACCGUUAUCUGCACUCUGUAGUCAAAACUUGAGACCGAGGGUUGGGUUGUCGAAAAAAGUUAGGAUUGAGAGUUUGCAUGAGAAUAUCAAAAGGCAAAAGAAGGCUGGUCCUUCUUCUUCCUAA